CAUAGAUGGCAACCAAUAUUGGCUGCUAAGAUUUCACAAGAAUAAUGUCUAAGAAUGAUAAGUAUUUAUCUUUAUUGGAGCAAGAGCACCAACCUUUGUUUACCUGCAAAAGCUAAAUGGAUGGCAAACAUUUUGCCUCAAUGCAGUUGUGCUUUAAAACUUCUUAGGUACGGAUACCAUUGGCAAUGGAUCGGACAUAUGUGGAGGAGUUCAUACAUAAAAUACGGCGGAUUCUGAAUUGCGGACUUAGUGAGGCCGACGAACUAAAGUAUAAAUUGUUCGAGGUUCAAAAGGAACUAGAUGAAGCUAAUGACUUUAUUGCCGAAAUAAAAUUCGAAUUGGAUAGUGUUGAUAUACUGGCCCUCCAGAAUCAGUGGCUACGCGAUGAAUUGUUGAAGCUGAAGGCCGAGGAGGUGGGUGUGAUUCAUAGGGACUGGGAUGAGGAUCCAGCAACGCGAAAGGAGCGUCGCAGCCAUCGACAGCAAGUUUCGGUCGGAAUGGUGUCCCCUCAGCUCGAAUGCCCUCGCCAAGAGCAGCGAUACGGACGCAAACUGGAUUAAGCUAAUGGCUGAUUACCUGGCUCUCUAUUGAUUGUUGAUUGCUCGAAAUCAGAAUUUAUUUAUCGAAAAUAAUAUUGUAUGCCAUUAGCCGCUUCCGACUACACACAAACCACUUAAAACAUAAGGCUUAUCUUUGUCGGC